AUGAUAAGGAAUAGCGUCAUUCUUGGCUUGAAGAAUAGAAGUUGUGGUCUUUCUUUGUCAAGAUCAGUACAAUUCAACCGGAUCUACCUCUACAAUUUCAUAAUUGAUCAUAAUAAGGACCUUCACACUGCCAUUAUUGUCAUGCUGAAGGGAUUGGUUGCUCAACAUUUUGUGGAGUCACUAGCAGGUGGAUCGGAACUUCUUUUGACUACCAAAGAAUUACUGAUCAUUCAGGCAUAA